GGCGAACAGACGUUCUUUUCUCCUCGGAGCAGUCACACAAAAGGAGGGCUGCGGAAACUAAAAGUUUCGAAGCCUCCGGCUCGCUGCGUGGAGAAAAGAGAAAACCUGGAGACGGGGUGGGUAAAAGACGCAUCCUGGGCGCCUCUCCGAAGUGCAGGCAAGGAGAAAGCUCCGGGGCCUACAGGGAAGAGGAGAGGCCCCCCCACCCCCCCCUCGAGCCGCUGGCCAGCCCCCUGCGCCCUGCCUCGGAGACCCGAGCGCCGCGCUCCGCCGCGCUCUCCCAAAUACCCUUCACCCGGUUCCAGAAAUAAAAUAAAUGUUUUUAAAGUGCGUGUGUGUGGACAGGAUGGAGAGCGCGCGCCGGAGGAGCGCGCGGAGGACCGAGCGCGCAAUAUGACGAUCAAUGAUGCAGACUGCUGGGUUCGAUGAAGCUGGGCAUUUAUAACUAGAUUCAUUAAGGAAUACAAAGAAAAUAUUUAAAGGGAUCAAUAAUGGUGUCUUCUGGUUGCAGAAUGCGAAGUCUGUGGUUUGUCAUUAUAAUCAGCUUCUUACCGAAUACAGAAGGUUUCAGCAGAGCAGCUUUACCAUUCGGGUUAGUUAGGCGAGAAUUAUCCUGUGAAGGUUAUUCUAUAGAUCUGCGAUGUCCAGGCAGCGAUGUGAUCAUGAUUGAGAGCGCUAACUAUGGUCGGACAGAUGACAAGAUUUGUGAUGCUGACCCAUUUCAGAUGGAGAAUACAGAUUGCUACCUCCCAGAUGCCUUCAAAAUUAUGACUCAAAGGUGCAACAAUAGAACACAGUGUAUAGUAGUUACUGGGUCAGAUGUAUUUCCUGAUCCAUGUCCUGGAACAUACAAAUAUCUUGAAGUCCAGUAUGAAUGUGUCCCUUACAUUUUUGUGUGCCCUGGGACCUUGAAAGCAAUUGUGGAUUCACCAUGUAUAUAUGAAGCUGAACAAAAGGCAGGUGCUUGGUGCAAGGACCCUCUUCAGGCUGCAGAUAAAAUUUAUUUCAUGCCCUGGACUCCCUAUCGUACCGAUACUUUAAUAGAAUAUGCUUCUUUAGAAGAUUUCCAAAACAGUCGCCAAACAACAACAUACAAACUUCCAAAUCGAGUAGAUGGUACUGGAUUUGUAGUAUAUGAUGGUGCUGUCUUCUUUAACAAAGAGAGAACAAGGAAUAUUGUGAAAUUUGACUUGAGGACUAGAAUUAAGAGUGGAGAGGCCAUAAUUAACUAUGCCAACUAUCAUGAUACCUCACCGUAUAGAUGGGGAGGAAAGACUGAUAUCGACCUAGCAGUUGAUGAAAAUGGCUUAUGGGUCAUUUAUGCCACUGAACAGAACAAUGGAAUGAUAGUUAUUAGCCAACUAAAUCCAUAUACUCUUCGAUUUGAAGCAACGUGGGAGACUGUGUAUGACAAACGUGCUGCAUCAAAUGCUUUUAUGAUCUGCGGAGUCCUCUAUGUGGUCAGGUCAGUUUAUCAAGACAAUGAGAGUGAAACAGGCAAGAAUGCAAUUGAUUACAUUUACAAUACCCGAUUAAACCGAGGAGAGUAUGUAGAUGUUCCUUUCCCCAACCAAUACCAGUAUAUUGCUGCAGUGGAUUACAAUCCUAGAGAUAACCAACUCUACGUGUGGAACAAUAACUUCAUUUUACGAUAUUCUCUGGAGUUUGGUCCACCGGAUCCUGCCCAAGUGCCUACCACAGCUGUGACAAUAACUUCUUCAGCUGAGCUGUUCAAAACCACAGUACCAACCACAAGCACUGCUUCACAGAAAGGCCCCAUGAGCACAACCGUAGCCGGAUCACAGGAAGGAAGCAAGGGGACAAAACCACCUCCAGCAGUUUCUACAACCAAAAUUCCUCCUGUAACAAAUAUUUUUCCCCUGCCAGAGAGAUUCUGCGAGGCAUUAGACGCGAGGGGGAUAAAGUGGCCUCAGACACAAAGGGGAAUGAUGGUUGAACGACCGUGUCCCAAGGGAACAAGAGGAACUGCCUCCUAUCUCUGCAUGGUUUCCACUGGAACAUGGAACCCUAAGGGCCCCGAUCUUAGCAACUGUACCUCACACUGGGUAAAUCAGCUGGCUCAGAAGAUCAGAAGUGGAGAAAACGCUGCUAGUCUUGCCAAUGAACUGGCGAAACAUACCAAAGGGCCAGUGUUUGCUGGAGAUGUGAGUUCUUCGGUGAGAUUGAUGGAGCAGUUGGUGGACAUUCUUGAUGCACAGCUGCAGGAACUGAAACCUAGUGAAAAGGAUUCCGCUGGACGGAGUUAUAACAAGCUCCAAAAACGAGAGAAGACAUGCAGGGCUUACCUUAAGGCAAUUGUCGACACAGUGGACAAUCUUCUGAGACCUGAAGCUUUGGAAUCUUGGAAACACAUGAAUUCUUCUGAACAAGCGCACACAGCAACGAUGUUACUCGAUACAUUGGAAGAAGGUGCCUUUGUCCUGGCUGACAAUCUUGUAGAACCAACCAGGGUCUCAAUGCCCACAGAAAAUAUUGUUCUGGAAGUGGCAGUGCUCAGUACAGAAGGACAGGUCCAAGACUUUAAAUUUCCUCUGGGCAUCAAAGGAGCAGGCAGUUCAAUCCAACUUUCUGCGAAUACUGUCAAACAGAACAGCAGGAACGGGCUUGCGAAGUUGGUGUUCAUCAUUUACCGGAGUUUGGGACAGUUUCUAAGUACAGAGAACGCAACCAUAAAACUGGGGGCUGACUUUAUUGGUCGGAAUAGCACCAUUGCAGUGAAUUCCCACGUCAUUUCAGUUUCAAUUAAUAAAGAAUCCAGCAGAGUAUACUUGACAGAUCCUGUGCUUUUUACCCUGCCACACAUUGAUCCUGACAAUUAUUUCAAUGCAAACUGCUCCUUCUGGAACUACUCAGAAAGAACUAUGAUGGGAUAUUGGUCUACCCAGGGCUGCAAGCUGGUUGACACUAAUAAAACUCGUACGACGUGUGCAUGCAGCCACCUAACCAAUUUUGCAAUUCUCAUGGCCCACAGGGAAAUUGCAUACAAAGAUGGAGUUCACGAAUUACUCCUUACCGUCAUCACCUGGGUGGGAAUUGUCAUUUCCCUUGUUUGCCUGGCUAUAUGCAUCUUCACUUUCUGCUUUUUCCGUGGCCUACAGAGUGACCGCAAUACUAUUCACAAGAACCUUUGUAUCAACCUUUUCAUUGCGGAAUUUAUUUUCCUAAUAGGCAUUGACAAGACGAAAUACAUGAUUGCUUGUCCAAUAUUUGCAGGACUACUACACUUUUUCUUUUUGGCCGCUUUUGCUUGGAUGUGCCUAGAAGGUGUACAGCUCUACCUAAUGUUAGUUGAAGUUUUUGAAAGUGAAUAUUCAAGGAAGAAAUAUUAUUAUGUUGCUGGUUACUUGUUUCCUGCCACAGUGGUUGGGGUUUCAGCUGCUAUUGACUAUAAGAGCUAUGGAACAGAAAAAGCUUGCUGGCUUCAUGUUGAUAACUAUUUUAUAUGGAGUUUCAUUGGACCAGUUACCUUCAUUAUUCUGCUAAAUAUUAUCUUCCUGGUGAUCACAUUAUGCAAAAUGGUGAAGCACUCAAACACUUUGAAACCAGAUUCUAGCAGGUUGGAAAACAUUAAGUCUUGGGUGCUUGGCGCUUUUGCUCUUCUGUGUCUUCUUGGCCUAACCUGGUCAUUUGGGUUGCUUUUUAUUAAUGAGGAGACUAUUGUGAUGGCAUAUCUCUUCACCAUCUUUAAUGCUUUCCAGGGAGUGUUCAUUUUCAUCUUUCACUGUGCUCUCCAAAAGAAAGUACGCAAAGAAUACGGCAAGUGCUUCAGACACUCCUAUUGCUGCGGCGGCCUCCCAACUGAGAGCCCCCACAGUUCAGUGAAGGCAUCGACCACCAGAACCAGCGCUCGCUACUCCUCUGGCACACAGAGUCGUAUAAGAAGGAUGUGGAAUGACACUGUGAGAAAACAGUCUGAAUCUUCUUUUAUCUCAGGUGACAUCAAUAGCACGUCAACACUUAAUCAAGGAAUGACUGGCAAUUACCUACUAACAAACCCUCUUCUUCGACCCCACGGCACUAACAACCCCUAUAACACAUUGCUCGCUGAAACAGUUGUAUGUAAUGCCCCUUCAGCUCCUGUAUUUAACUCACCAGGACAUUCACUGAACAAUGCCAGGGAUACAAGUGCCAUGGAUACUCUACCGCUAAAUGGUAAUUUUAACAACAGCUACUCACUGCGCAAGGGGGACUAUAACGACAGCGUGCAAGUCGUGGACUGUGGACUAAGUCUGAAUGAUACUGCUUUUGAGAAGAUGAUCAUUUCAGAAUUAGUGCACAACAACCUUCGGGGCGGCGGCAAGACUCACAACCUCGAGCUCGCGCUACCAGUCAAGCCCGUGAUUGGAGGCAGCAGCAGCGAAGAUGACGCCAUCGUGGCCGACGCUUCGUCUUUCAUGCACAGCGACAACCCGGGGCUGGAGCUCCAUCACAAAGAGCUCGAGGCGCCGCUCAUUCCUCAGCGGACUCACUCCCUUCUGUACCAGCCCCAGAAGAAGGUGAAGCCCCAGGGGACUGACAGCUACGUCUCCCAGCUGACGGCCGAGGCGGAGGACCACCUGCAGUCCCCCAACAGAGACUCUCUCUACACAAGCAUGCCCAAUCUUAGAGACUCUCCCUAUCAAGAGAGCAGCCCCGACGUGGAAGAAGACCUCUCUCCCUCCAGGAGGAGUGAGAACGAGGACAUUUACUACAAAAGCAUGCCAAAUCUUGGAGCUGGCCAUCAGCUUCAGAUGUGUUAUCAGAUCAGCAGGGGCAACAGCGAUGGUUACAUCAUCCCCAUUAACAAGGAAGGGUGUAUCCCUGAAGGAGACGUGAGAGAAGGACAAAUGCAGCUGGUGACAAGUCUUUAACAGUGCAGCUGCGGAAUCCCAGGGGGGCCACUCGCAAGUAUUCGUGAAGACUCCGCUGGCCCAGCGCAGCUCCCUCGGCCUCCGCCUGAAGAGAUGGCCCUGUUGACCUGUGGUUCUCCAGUGUAAAAAGAGGACUGAACCUUGAAGUUCUGUGAAUUUUUAUAAAACGUACAAAAACUUUGUAUAUACACAGAGUAUACUAAAAUGAUUAUUUGUUACAAAGAAAAGAGAUGCCAACCAGGUAUUUUAAGAUUCUGCUGCUGUUUAGAGAAAUUGUGAAGCAAGCAAAGCAAAACUUUCCAGCCAUUUUACUGCAGCAGUCUGUGAACUAAAUUUGUAAAUACGGCUGCACCGUUUUUGUAGGGCCUGCAUUGUAUUAUAUACAAGACGUAGGCUUUAAAAUCCUGUGGGACAAAUUUACUGUACCUUACUGUUCCUGACAAGACUUGGAAAAGCAGGAGAGAGAUUCUGCGUCCGUUUGCGGUUCACUGCAAAUCUUUUACAUUAAGGCAAAGAUUGAAAACAUGUUUAACCACUAGCAAUCAAGCCACAGGCCUUAUUUCAUAUGCUUUCCUCAACUGUACAAUGAACUAUUCUCAUGAAAAAUGGCUAAAGAAAUUAUAUUUUGUUCUAUUGCUAGGGUAAAAUAAAUACAUUUGUGUCCAACUGAAA